AUGAAGAAGCUUUUUGGCUUCAGGAGUAAGAAGGGCGUGUCACCCUUCGGCUCCUCCAUCAGCCUGGGGAGAGACAGAGGUCAUCAUAAAACCAGCUUCCAGCCCUGGUACCACAUCCGAGACAAGGACCUCCGAAAGAUUCACAAAGCUGCCAGCGUAGGCAACGUAGCUAAAGUGCAGCAGGUCCUGUUGCUUGGAGAGAAUGCCUUGAACGAGAAGGACAAGAGGAACAGGACUGCGCUCCACUUGGCCUGUGCCAAUGGCCAUCUCGCGGUGGUGGCCUUCCUCCUGGAGAGAAGAUGCCAGCUUAACCUCUGUGACAGUGAAAACAGGACCGCGCUGAUGAAGGCCGUAGAAUGCCAAGAGGAGGAGUGCGCGACUCUCCUGCUGGAGCACGGCGCCGACCCGAACCUCACGGAUGCCAAUGGCAACACCGCGCUCCACCACGCUGUCUUUUGCCAGAAUGUAUCACUCGCAGCAAAGCUGCUUUCCUAUGACGCCAAUAUAGAAGCCAGGAACGAGGUAUAGCUCAACUAACUUUAUUGACAAAAUAUUGGCAAAGCAUUUUUCUAAACUGUAGUGUUUUUUUGAUAACAGGAUGUAAAUAGAUAGACUGAGUAGUGUCCAGCAGGCCCUGUUACCAUGGAAACAACUCCAAAGCCAAGUCAGGGGUUGGGUGGAACAUGUCAGAGCCCACAGAAAGGGCAACGCUGUCUCUCUCAGCCACCUUCUACCCCAGAAGGAAGAUUUUCCCACUAGAAAGUGCUCAGGAAUGGGUGGUAGGCUCAAGUCCUACAAAGAAUGAAGGCCUGGGGAGAGUGAAGUGAUGUGG